AUGUAUCUACAGUCUGUCAGCAUACUGAUGAAACCAUAAACAAUUGAUAUACAAUGGUUUUCAAACUCUCUCUCUUCUCUCUCUAUCCUCUCUCUCCUCUAGUUCUUUGUGCUGUGCCAUGGCAUGCUCCAGCUGGCCCAGCUGUUGGUGUCUGGAUAUCUGAAGAGCUCCAUCUCCACCAUAGAGAGACGCUAUGGCUUCUCCAGCCAGAAGUCUGGCAUCUUGGCAUCGUUCAAUGAGGUAAGCCUACACCUAACCCUGACCCUAAUCCACCACUCUACUGGGCUGGUCAAGAUAACUGGAAGAUAGACUGAUAAAUUCCAGAUCCAUGCAGGUUCAGAUUAUUAUUUUUAUUCAUAAAGGGUCUACCAAGUGACAAUGUAUGAAAAAAUGGUGUACUUUAUAUGUUUACAUGUGAGAGGGUGCACAUGAGUGUGUUAAUGGUUGUGUUUGUGUGAGUGUGUUGUGUUGUGUUCAUGAUUCUGUAUGUGUGUGUUUAUGUGUUUGUGUAGGUGGGGAACACAGUCCUGAUAGUGUUUGUUAGUUUCUUUGGUAGCCGUAUCCACAGACCACGGUUCAUUGGUGGAGGGGCACUGGUGGCCAGUCUGGCUGCUCUGAUGAUGUCUCUGCCUCAUUUCAUCAGUGGCCCAUACAAGUACACAGACCAUAUCAGCAGUAAGUCACAUACACACACACACAUACAGUACAUAAAGUUGAAGUCGGAAGUUUACAUACACCUUAGCCAAACACAUUUAAACUCAGUUAUUCACAAUUCCUGACAUUUAAUCCUAGUAAAAAUUCCCUGUCCUAGGUCAGUCAGGAUCACCACUUUAUUUGAAGAAUGUGAAAUGUCAGAAUAAUAGCAGAGAGAAUUGUUCAUCUCAGCUUUUAUUUAUUUCAUCACAUUCCCAGUGGGUCAGAAGUUUACAUACACUCAAUUAGUAUUUGGUAGCAUUGCCUUUAAAUUGUUUAACUUGGGUCAAAACGUUUUGGGUAGCCUUCCACAAGCUUCCCACAGUAAGUUGGGUGAAUUUUGGCCCAUUCCUCCUGACAGAACUGGUGUAACUGAAUCAGGUUUGUAGGCCUCCUUGCUCGCACACGUUUUUUCAGUUCUUCCCACAUAUUUUCUAUAGGAUUGAGGUCAGGGCUUUGUGAUGGCCACUCCAAUACCUUGACUUUGUUGUCCUUAAGCCAUUUUGUCACAACUUUGGAAGUAUGCUUGGGGUCGUUGUCCAUUUGGAAGACCCAUUUGCGACCAAGCUUUAACUUCCUGACUGAUGUCUUGAGAUGUUGCUUCAAUAUAUCCACAUCAUUUUCCUUCCUCAUGAUGCCAUCUAUUUUGUGAAGUGCACCAGUCCCUCCUGCAGCAAAGCACCUCCACAGCAUGAUGCUGCCACCCCCGUGCUUCACGGUUGGGAUGGUGUUCUUUGGCUUGCAAGGCACCCCCUUUUUCCUCCAAACAUAACGAUAGUCAUUAUGGCCAAACAGUUCUAUUUUUGUUUCAUCAGACCAGAGGACAUUUCUCCAAAAAGUACGAUCUUUGUCCCCAUGUGCAGUUGCAAACCGUAGUCUGGCUUUUGUAUGGCGGUUUUGGAGCAGUGGCUUCUUCCUUGCUGAGCGGCCUUUCAGGUUAUGUCGAUAUAGGACUAAUUUUACUGUGGAUAUAGAUACUUUUGUACCUGUUUCUUCCAGCAUCUUCACAAGGUCCUUUGCUGUUGUUCUGGGAUUGAUUUGCACUUUUCGCACCAAAGUACGUUAAUCUCUAGGAGACAGAAUGCGUCUCCUUCCUGAGCGGUAUGACAGCUGCGUGGUCCCAUGGUGUUUGUACUUGUGUACUAUUGUUUGUACAGAUGAAUGUGGUACCUUCAGGCGUUUGGAAAUUGCUCCCAAGAAUGAACCAGACUUGUGGAGGUCUACCAUUUAUUUUCUGAGGUCUUGGCUGAUUUCUUUUGAUUUUCCCAUGAUGUCAAGCAAAGAGGCACUGAGUUUGAAGGUAGGCCUUGAAAUACAUCCACAGGUACACCUCCAAUUCACUCAAAUGAUGUCAAUUAGCCUAUUAGAAGCUUCUAAAGCAUGACAUCAUUUUCUGGAAUUUUCCAAGCUGUUUAAAGGCACAGUCAACUUAGUGUAUGUAAACUUCUGACCCACUGGAAUUGUGAUACAGUGAAUUAUAAGUGAAAUAAUCUGUCUGUAAACAAUAAUUGGAAAUAUUACUUGUGUCAUGCACAAAGUAGAUGUCCUAACCGACUUGCCAAAACUAAAGUCUGUUUACAAGAAAUUUGUGGAGUGGUUGAAAAACGAGUUUUAAUGACUCCAACCUAAGUGUAUGUAAACUUCCGACUUCAACUGUACAUAUGUUUGUUUGAAUCUCAAAACAAAAUUAGUAGGUAUCACCUAACUCUUAGCUCCUUCCUACCUCUACCUGUGUUCCAUAGAAUCCAAGGAUGACAACUCUGGCCUCUGCCAAUUAGAGAGCUCUUUCCAAACACCCUUGUCCAAUCACAGCUGCACGCAGCAGGAGAGUCACUCCCAGCAGGGAGUAUUCCCACUCCUGCUCCUAGGACAGCUACUCCUGGGAAUCGGCGGCGUUCCCAUCCAACCCUUCGGAAUCUCCUACAUUGAUGACUACGCCAGCAAGAGGAACUCUCCCCUCUACCUCGGUACGAGCACUGGGAGUGACUGGGAAACACAGGGAAUUCUUGGAAUACUGGGAAUACACAUUCUGAUGCAAGUCUUUUGGCCCAAAACGUCAAUGUUUGUAAAUAGAAAUCAAUAGUAUUGCUGUUGUUUUUUUUAAAUGGAGAGUUGCACCAAUCUUCUCUAACAUUCCUGCAACUUUUGGCUUCCAAUUCUGAGAAUACUUGCAUGGACAUUAGAAUGAGUGUUAGAUUAGGAAUUUCACACAUAACCCUGGUGCAGGAGGUGGGAAAGUAGUAAUGAAACUAAAGUGAAUGUAUUAUAUCCACUCGUUGUUUUGCUGCUCUCAAGGCUGUGUCAUGUGUCUUUAUGAUAAAAUGAUACUUGACAUCAGUAAACAAUGGGAAGACUUUCAUUUUCUUUUCAUCAACUUCGAAGUAUGAUCUGGGGAGAAAGCAAACGAUAAGCAUUAUUUUUCAUGUCACUGUAUUGGUCCCACAACAGGGGUGAUAUGUCUGACUGUGGUUCCUCCUGCAGGUAUCCUCCUGGCUGUCACGUCUAUCGGUCCUGCUUUUGGCUUUUUGAUGGGCUCCUACAUGUUGCGCUUUUAUGUCGACAUCGACAAGAUGUCCAAAGGUGAGCACACACACAAAAUGCAUCAUACUGUGACACUUUCUGUAAGUUCUACAGUGCCUUCAGAAAGUAUUCACACCCCUUGACUUUUUCCACAUGUUGUUGUGUUAUAGCUUGAAUUUAAAAUUGAUUACAUUGAGAUUUUGUGUCACUGGCAUACACACAAUAUCCCAUAAUGUCAAAGUGAAAUUCUGUUUUUAUUAAUUAAUUAAAAUUGAAACGCUGAAAUGUCUUGAGUCAAUAAGUAUUCAGCCCCUUUGAUUUGGCAAGCCUAAAUAAGUUCAGGAGUAAAAAUGUGCUUAACAAGUCACAUACUACGUUGCAUGGACUCACUCUGUGUGCAAAAAUUGUGCUUUUUAACAUGAUUUUUGAAUGACUUCCUCAUCUCUGUACCCCAAACAUACAAUUAGCUGUAAGGUCCCUCAGUCGAGCAGAGAAUUUCGAACACAGAUUCAACCACAAAGACCAGGGAGGUUUACCAAGGCCUCGCAAAGAAGGGCACCUUUUGGUAGAUGGGUAAAAAUAAUGUUCGCUUUUGUUGUCAGAAUGUUUAAAGAACAUUCAAUUUUACAGGUCAGAAAACGUAGGGCUUCGUUCCUCGAACCAAUCUGAAACCAAAAAACACAUGUUCCCAUAACUUCCAAGGAACCAAAUGUGCUAGGUCUCUUACUCAUUCCCUCACUGAUUCACUCAUUGAUUCUCUCUCUCUCUCUCUCUCUCUCUCUCUCUCUCUCUCUCUCUCUCUCUCUCUCUCUCUCUCUCUCUCUCUCUCUCUCUCUCUCUCUCUCCUCUUUAUCUCUCUCUCUCUCUCUCUCUCUCUCACACUCACACUCACACUCACACUCACACUCACACACACACACACACACACACACACACAGACACACACUCCCAGGUAUUCCUCAGAUGUUCACAGCAUGUCAGGAGCUGAUAUAGGUUAGGAUUGAACCGGGAUGUGGACAUGAAGUUGGGGUUAGAAUACAAUAUUGGGUGGGUUAUGUACUAAAGGUUGGUGUUAAGGUGUGCUACAGGUCAACUUCAAGGUGCAUGUAAUGAGGUCCUCCUCUUAUAGUUUCCUUUACAAGCCUGAAUAAAACUCUGAAUGAUUGUGUUUUAAUAAACAGGGUUUAGUGGAGACUAGCUGGAAUAAUGUUGAUGAUAACGGCGAUCUUAUCUUUACUCCACUCCUGUGAAUUCUAACAGGCAAACAUUUACAGUGCAUUCGGAAAGUAUUCAGACCCCUUUACUUUUUCCACAUUUUGUUGCAUUGCAGCCUUAUUCUAAAAUGUAUUAAAUUGUUGUUGUUUUCUCAUCAAUCUACACACAAUACCCCAUAAUGACAAAGCAAAAUCUGGUUUUUAUACAUUUUUGCAAAAGAAUAAAAAAUUAAACUGAAAUAUCACAUUUACACAAGUAUUCAGAUCCUUUACUCAGUACUUUAUUGAAACACCUUUGGCAGCAAUUACAGCCUCAAGUCUUCUUGGGUACGACGCUACAAGAUUGGCACACCUGUAUUUGGGGAGUUUCUCCCAUUUUUCUCUGCAGAUCCUCUCAAGCUCUGUCAGCUUGGAUGGGGAGCGUCGCACAGCUAUUUUUAGGUCUCUCCAGAGAUGUUCGAUCGGGUUCAAGUCCGGGCUCUGGCUGGGCCACUCAAGGACAUUCAGAGACUUGUCCCGAAGCCACUCCUGCGUUGUCUUGGCUGUGUGCUUAGGGUCGUUGUCCUGUUCGAAGGUGAACCGUCGCCCCAGUCUGAGGACCUGAGCGCUCUGGAGCAGGUUUUCAUCAAGGACUUUUCCAAUCGACCUCAUUCUGUGUGAACCACAGCCACCAGGACAGACAUGAUCUAUCCCUGCAAUGCUUCAGACACCUCAGAAACAGGACUUACCCCAGUCAUGGACCAGUUUCCGGUCUUUCCAGUUUCAUGUAAUUGGUCUCAACUUUCCAGUUUGAUGCACCUCAUUUAUCAUGGUGUGAGAGCGUUGUUAAUGAUUGGGGACAUGUUCAAACUGUUCAAACGCCUACUGAAGUACAUGUGUGUGUAUGGCGUGUGUGUGGAUACGUGGGUGCAUAUCUAUAGUUAUUUACUUCUGUAGAAAAGUGCAUGAUAUCAGACACAUUUCUGUGAAAUAAAUGAGCUUAUUCCCUUUUUGGAGGAAAAUUGGUUCUUAACUGGAAUUCCGGUGUCUCUGAACAGCUGGUAUGACCUCAUUCACUCCGUCUUUCACUUUAGUCAUUCAGAAUGAAUGUGGAGUUUCUCACAGUGAAAGAGAAAAGGACUUCUUCCUGGAAACUGCUGUCAGUUAGACAGGGAUUCAAUGUUCUGUUGAACAAUGCCAAGGACAGAAAUGUACUUUCUUUCCUAAUAUCAAAAAUUGCUCAAAAGGUAAUAGCAUUUAAAACCAGGAACUGUUCUCAGGGUGCACUUCAAUACAUACAGUACCUUUGAUUCAAAUGGAUAUUGAAUUGAAUAGUUGAUUGAAUAUUGUAAUUUUAUUAUUUAUGAAUACUGUACUUUGCCACUAAUUCAGUAACAUGUCUUUCUCCUGUCUGCAGAUCAGAUAGGUCUGGAGCGAAGGGACCCUCGCUGGGUGGGAGCCUGGUGGCUAGGCUUCUUGGUGGCAGCCUCCUUCCUCUUCCUCACCUCCCUGCCCUACCUCUUCUUCCCCCGGCAGAUGCCCAAAGAGGUGUAGUAUGGGAUACCAGCUGACAAGUUGUCACAGUCAUGAUAUAUAUUUAUGAUUGAUUGACUUUACUCCUUUAUUAAGCAUUAACUAAGAAAAUGUAAUGAAAGUUGCACAAUCUUCUCUUAUAGAAAAAAUGUGGUUCAGAGAAAGAGUGAUGUGGUUUGACCUUGUUGAAUAAGGUCCUGGCUGAUAUCUAUCAUGAUAAUGGAAUGUUUAAAAAGAGGUUGAGACUUUGGUUCAUGUUUCUCUCAUCAGUCAUCUGGCACAAAGAAGAAUCAUUGUGCCAGGUCUUGCUCAAUAGUGAAGGAUAUUACAUUAACAUCCCAAAGCAUAGACGUACACACACACACACACACACACACACACACACACACACACACACACACACAGUCUCUUGAUCGCUGGCCAAGGCUUUAAAAGCUCUAAAGCUUGGCGUGUAACUUGAGUGCAUUUCGCAAUCAGAGAUCUUGUCGGCAAAACUCUCUCUUUCCCACAUCAUGUUCACCAGACCUGACAAAGGCUAUUAGAGAGUAAAUGCAAUAAUGACAGGAUUACAUGUUUACUUUGCCAUAGUCAAACUCUAAUCUGCUGUAAUACAGGUAAAGUGCAUAAUUGCGGUAUGGUUCUUUCUCUCCCCUGGUUAGGAAACUGGAGGCGAUGCCACAGAGCCCAGAGCCCAGGAAGAAAAGAAACCACUGCCAGACCCCGUCCAGGAACUCACCCUCCCACAGUUCCUCAAAAGUGAGACUCUUUUAUAAAACCACAUCCGUCUUUUUUCUUUCCAUUUCCUUUCACUGUGUCUGUGGGUGACUACAGGGCAUUAUGGGUGACAGUCACUGAUGUAAACAUACUGAUAGUAUAUGAAAAGUAGAAGUGGUCACAUUGUGGCCUCUCUCUUCCUCUAUUGUUGCAACCCCCGUGGUAAAUAUUGUCUUAAGCAGUGAGGUCAUUAGCCAGCAAUUUGAGAGGAACUGUGGGAGGGUGAGUUCUUGGACGGGGUCUGGCAGUGGUUUCUUUUCUUCCUCGGCUCUGGGCUCUGUGGCAUCGCCUCCAGUUUCCUAACCAGGGGAGAGAAAGAACCAUACUGCAAUUAUGCAAUUAUCCCCUCCCUCCACCCUCUCCCUCCUCACCCCCCACCCCCUCCCCCCUCUCUCUCCCAGGUUUACCCCGUAUCGCCCUGCGGACCCUGCGGAACCCCAUCUACCUGUUGGUGGUGCUGGCGCAGGUCCACCUGGCAGCGAUGGUAGCCGGCCUCGCCACCUUCAUGGCCAAAUUCAUAGAGCGCCAGUUCACCCAGACCACCUCCUUCUCCAACAUGAUGAUCGGUGAGAGACACCAUUCGUUAUCUCUGUGGAACAACUUGAUUUAGAUUAAGGUUAGGAUUAGGGUUUGUCUAAUAAAUACAAAAUAGAACCAAUGGACCAAAUAAAUAUUCCACUCAAUGGAGAGUGAUUACUUUAAAAUCAAAUCUGCAAACCUCAAGUAUUUGACAUGUGUAUUUGACUCAGGUCUGAUGGGAAUAAGAAAUAUGGGGAAUAUCACAUCAUAUACACACUUAAUACUAGCUGAGAUUAAUAAUAGAGUAUGCUCCAACUCUCCAGGGGUCUAUGAAUAGGACAGAGAGCAUGGAACACUACCACAGAUACACUGCUAUUGACCAAUUGGAGGUAAUCAUUCCAGAAGACAAAGACUCCAUUGUAUGUGCAGAGCACAGGCAAUCAAACCCCUGCCGCCCACUACUGUUUAUAGCAGGGUCAAAUCUGGAUGGGAUUUAAUUUCCCUUUACCCCAGUGUUUUAGUUUGUUGUUUGGCAGGGUGCAGAAUUUCCAGCGUCAGCACGUGAAGCUGCCAAUAUCAACAUUUUCCAUGACUACCAAAUAAGGCCAACCAUUGUUAGGAGGGGGUUAACAGAGCUAGGCAGAGGGGAAACACUGGUUGCGUUACAGGUUAUUUUUCAAAAUCAGGCUGCACAAAUCUCAUGUCUCCGGAACCAUGUUAUCUUCUGAGAUCUUCUAUCUUCUGAGAUGUGCAGGGCGACUGCAAAAAACACGACCUGGAACGUGUCCACUGCUUUAAUCUGAGUGACUGUUAUGCCUUAACCUCUGUGUGCCUGUAGGUGGGGUGAGUAUCCCUCUAGCGGUGCUGGGCAUCGUGCUGGGUGGGGCUCUGAUGAGGAGGCUGAGUGUGUCUACCAGAGGCUCCGCCCUCAUGUGCACGGCAGCCAUCUUGAUGUGUAUGCUCACCGCUCUGCCUCUCCUCCUCCUCGGCUGCUCCACACAGAGGGUCACUGGCAUCUACCCCACCAAGUAGGUUACCAUUUUAAAAGGUUACCAUCACCUCUCCUAAAAACAGCACUGAAGCUUUAAGUUGCCAUUUUGUACUCCACCAGGUACCAUUUCUCUUUCUUCUUCCUCUGUUCUCAGACAGAACGGUUCAUUGGGGUGUAGCUCUGGGUGCUCCUGUCCGACCGAGACCUUUAACCCAGUGUGUGGCUCAGACGGGGUGGAGUUCAUAUCACCCUGUCAUGCAGGCUGCACGACCAAAUUACAGGACAACAACACCAUCAAAGUCCUGGUAAACUACUACACCUGCCUAUUCAUAAAUGGGCCGAAUCCUAACUUGCCCAGGCCAACCAUUUGAGGUUAAAAAGAUUGCAGAGAGAAAACUGAAGCACAUAACAGAGUGGGUGAAGAAACCCAAGAUGAUGAAUUUCCAGGAAGUAGACAUGGCAGACAGACACAGCUCAAAAGGGGCCUCACUUCUGCUUUACUGUCACUCACAGCCAGAUGUCUGCUGAAUGGAAAACAGGGUUUACAGCCAGACUCAGUAUUAUUUAGACUGAACACACACACACUCCACCACCAUACAAAGCCCGGGAGAAGAAUAUUCCCUUGGCUUGAAGCCAGAGAGACUGUUUCUUGAUAAUGCAAUUUCAUUUUGUGAGAUGAGUGAUUCUCGUUCACACCUACUAUGCCAACAGUUACUGCCAGAUGCAAUGGUGAUUGGCUGGUGGUUAACGUCAUGUGACUCUUUCUCUGACAGAACUACACAGACUGUGGCUGCAUCAAGUUCAACGGGUCCCAUGGUUAUGCGUUGCCGGGGACAUGCGGUAGCGGCUGUAAACACCUCCUCUUGCCCUUCAUGGUUCUCUCUGCCCUCACCUGCUUCAUCGCAUCCUUCUCACAGACGCCAUCAUACAUGAUGAUACUGAGGUACAGCACACAAACACACAGACAUGCACCCAUACACACAUGAACACACACACUAAUCACCUACCUACCUACAGAGAGUGUGAGAGAGUGAGAGAGUGAGAGAGAGAGAGAGAGAGAGAGAGAGAGAGAGAGAGAGAGAGAGAGAGAGAGAGAGAGAGAGAGAGAGAGAGAGAGAGAGAGAGAGAGAGAGAGAGAGAGAGAGAGAGAGAGAGAGAGAGAGAGUCAUGUGCAGUCGUCUCCCCACGGUAAAGCCAGAGGUAUCUGAGUUCUCUCACGUUCUCGCUUAUUAGUUAUUGCAGGGACACAGACACAAGUUCCAUUGCUGCUACUGUUUCAUAACAUCAUCAUCCGUCACGGUGGCUCGGUUGGUUCUAACACAUUCCUCCUUCGUUUCAGCAUGUUUGAGCCUACCCAAACCAGAUACACAUCAGCACUGUGUGUGUCUGUUGGUUGGUCUAUGAUCAGCAUGACUGGGCCUGUGGGGAUGAUAGCAAACAUAACAAGGGAAUAAAGAACUGAGCUUUCCUCUUCCUCACUGAGUAACACUUAGACAGUCCGCUAAACAUUACCUAUAGAUGUUUAACUCUUCACACACUGUCACUUUCAUUUAUCAGACAGCAACUGCACAUGUAACAACAAAUAUUUCAAGAUAAAGUGGAUGGGGGUAGUUUUUGCAUAUUGAUAUUUGAGCAAUGCAAAGUGUAUGUGUGUGUGUGUGUGUGUGUGUGUGUGUGUAUGAUGUGUGUAUAAUACGUCUGGCAUAGUUUACUGCAUCCAUUCAGCUGUUCUGUUUCACUCUGACCUAAACGCAGACUCCAUCUUGCUGGUCAGUAACUUCUUCACGCCAGAACUGGCUCUGUUACUGUGACUGAUGUUGACCCCUCUCCCAUCCUCUCCCAUCUUCUCCCUCUUCAUCCCCUUUACCCACUCUUUCACUUCUUCCUUCUCUCACUCUCGCUCUCUCCCUCUUUCUCCCCUGCAGGACAGUGAGACCAGAGGAUAAGUCUUUUGCUGUGGGAGUUCAGUACAUGCUCUUCAGAGUGCUGGGUGAGUUAUAUCAACAUUCCACAGACAGCCACACUCUCACAUAUUUGGCCGGGAUUCCAAGAAAUGUAGAUAAACGACAUAUACACAGUGAUUCACUGUUACAGUGAUGGACCUUUCUGCUCGACAUCCACGGUUUGAACAGCAAACGUCUUGGAAAAAAUGCCUUUUUAAAAAUCCAUCCCCAAAAUUCCUCUCUGGCUGUCCUGUUAGGUGACAUGAAGCAGGACCAUGUAAACUCUGAAAACACAUCUCUACAGGGAUAAUAACACAUAUCAACACUGCCACUCAAGAAUAAUAAUCUCACAGCCUCUCAGCCAAUUGUGUAUGUGUGUGUGUGCACAUGCAUGUCUGUGUGUGCGUGUGUUCACAUGGAUGUGUGUUUAUAAUUGGUGUAUGUGUGUGUCUACAGCAUUCCUGCCAGCCCCAGUCCUGUACGGCGUUGCCAUAGACACCACCUGUAUCCUCUGGGGGAAGAAGUGUGGGAGAAACACAUCGUGUCACUACUACAACAUGGACCUCUUCAGACAGAGGCAAGCACCAGCAGAUAUACCCUCCACCCGCACAAUGACUCACACCUCCAUGUCAGCCAUAUCAGCCAUACUUAGAGUUUGCACUUUUGGGACCAUUCCAUUGCACUUUAGGGACCAUUUUACCAGGCAAACUAAAUCAAGCGCAGCUCAAGUAUUUGAAAGUAUUUACCAUACAGUAUGUAUUAGACCCAGGUCUGUUAUAGAAUAUACAGAAUAUCUUGGAUAUAUUAUAUUUAUAGUUUCCUUUUAUGUCCAGGUUCCUGGGACUGCAGGUGUUGUUUGUCUGCGGAGCGUUUGUCUGCUUCCUGCUCUCUCUCCUCGUCCUGAGACAUAGGGCAGGACAACAAGGCCAGCAGGCGGGACAGAGAUACACUGUGGUGAACGGAGUAAAGAGUCCAGACAACAACACCGCCUCCAAAGAACUGCAGAGCAUGGCAGCAUGA